GUACACUAGCGCCAAUACUUUUGAACUUAAGUAAUAUUCAAUUUGGUAGUAAAAUAUUGUAAAUUGACAACGGAAAGUAGCAACAAACAAUUUUACAGGCGUGGCUUUUUAAAAGAAAUCCCAUAAUUAUGAAUUAAAUAGUCAAUAAAAUAACUUAAAUGUGAUCUUUACUAGGUUAUUCCAUAACCAAGAGUGUCUUACAUGUAGUUAUAACAGUGAAACGUAGCGAAACAAGUGCCUGUAUACAUUAUUAAAUAGGGCGUCAACUUCAGCCGAGUAAGAACGAAAAAUAAACAUGUACGGAAGAAAAACGCCGUCUACUUAUCGAUCAACGCCGUCAGUGUAUUCACAUUACACCGGAAAAUCAUCAACGAACCUCAGAUCGUCUAAAUCUGUGAAGUCUCUCCGGUUGCCGUGGUACCAGAAGCCGAUACUUCACGAUGCCUUCUUCCUGGAUCUACAGAGAGGAUCCCUACUCACUGGGUUCUUUACUUUGUUCAUGGCCCUGUUCACAUUUGCGGAGAGUAUCUUCGAGCUGUACUGCUUGUAUAUGGCAACCCCGGGCUUCACACACACCGGGUACUAUGUCAUAAGCUACCAGUUCGUCUAUGUUGGGAGUCCACCAGUACGCAAUGUCCUAAUAAUCUUCGCACUGUUCUCCUGGCUUGGCUCUGCUGCUGUACUGGUGACAAGCAUUAUACUUAUCAACGCUUUGAGAAAGGAAUAUGAAAAGCGCAUAGUCCCCUGGCUAUUCACAUUUGGCGUGUUCAUAGUAUUCCGUUUCAUCGCGUUUAUAUUCGCUUCGAUAGUCAACGACAUGAUAUUUGCAUACAACGUGAUCAUGUGUCUGUGUUGGAUCGUGUUCUGUGUGGUCGGCAUGUACGGGUGGAUCCUGGUGUACAGCCUAUACUUGGAGCUAGCUGAUCUCACUAAGCUGGAAGAUUUGGCGCAUUUGAGGAUGGGUACCAUGGCAUCCCUCAACGCGUCCCUAGCUGGUUCCCGCCCGACUACCCCACACAGCACUGUGUCCACGAUGCCAGCCUCACAAAUAUGAUACGCGGCCCCGGACCACGCUGACGAGGCUACGCCCCUAACCGUGGAGCCUCCGCCCCCCAUCGAAGGCAGCCUCGAGACUCCCGUGUGAUUUCAAAAAGUUUGGUAAGAGAUAAUUUAAAAUUUUUGCUGUGUGUAGGUGGCGCUGGUGUCGUUUUUGGGCGUUUCUGUAGUUUAUAAACGAGAAACUUCAGAUUUCUUUAUUAAAAUGUACUAUUCAGUAGAAAAGUAGUUUAACCGCCGCACUCAGAGUCAUUCAAUGGUUAUUUAACCCAGUCCUUAGCAAUAGUUUUCCAUACAAAAUCGUUACUAAGGAAUAGUUUAAGUAAUCAUUAAAUGACCCUGAAUGCGACAGUAAGACACAUACAUAAUAAUUCAUAACUUCACGCCUAUCUCCCGUGGGGGUAGGCAGAGACAAUGGAACGCCAAUUGCUACGCCUCUUACAUACCUCUUUAAGACACAGUUGCCUUAAAGCGUCACUAGCGCCACUAGUUUUUGCAAAAAUGUUAAUAUUAAUUGUUUAAUUGAAUGGUCGAUAUUAAAAACCCAUUUUAAUCCAAAAUCUCUGGAUUGAUCUGGUUGUACACAGAUUUGUAAAAAAGAAACAUGUUUAAAAGAGGUAACUACCUUGCAAUAGAAGAAUGAUAAAAAUGUAAUUGUCUUAAGAAAAAAUACUACCACGAAUCAAGUACAAAGAGAUGUCAUAAUUUUAUUGUAACUUUCGUGAGAUAUACUAAAUUAAUUAUUAUGUUACUUACGUAAAAGCAUUCCGCGACACACGACGCGAUUGUAACAGCGCGACAAUCGCGUGUAUUGAGCCUCUAGCAUAGCAUAGCUUGAAACUAGUCGAGUUCCUCGUCAAACAGUUACGUGAGUAAGCUGAUAACAUAAUAAUUAAUUUAGUAUGUCUCACGAAAGUUGUAAUAAAACAGUUUAAGUAAUCAUUAAAUGUUUCUGAGUACGACAGUUAAAAAAUGAUUGGUAAAAUCGACUGUAAGCAACCCAGUAAAAUACCUAAUUACAACAUAAUUAUAAUGAAAAUGUCUAUCAAAAAGUUAGGUCUUAAAACUUCUAAAUUUUAGACAUAAAAAAUUGUACCUAGAAUUAUUUUUGAUAAUGCACCGGGUCUCCGUCAAGGGAAUUGAAGUGGUCCACAAUUGAAAAAGUACCUUGUUUUUAAUUUUUAAUUAAUCAUAAAGUUUAUUACAAAAUAACGAAUAUUAAUUAAAGUUUUUACAAGAUAAGGUCAGUUUCAGUUACCUAUCUGUCUGUACCCUUAGUAGGAGUUUAAUUUAUGUUUAAUUAAUAACUAGCUACUUUCGCGCGGUUUCACCCGCUGCUCGGUUUCUAUUGAUCGUAGCGUGGUGAUUAUACAGUAUGUUAACUAACAGAGGGCGUUCCUGUUAACCCGCAAUAGUAUAGCAUCCAUACAUGCUAAAAAAAAUAUUACCAUUCAAAAACAAAACAAUUUAAUUUUUUUUAAUAUUAAAAUAUUCACCAAAAAUUUUAAAUCGAUACGUAAAAGAAACACUCUGUGCACGCGUAGUUGAAGGAAGGCAACGUUGCAAUUUAUGCUGAUAUUUUUAUUUUAAUCUGUUAAUGAAAUAGAUUAACGAGUUUAAAUGAACACCCUCUGUUAGUUAACAUACUGUAUAUAUUAGUUAGCCUAUAACCUUCCUCGAUAAAUGCGCUAUCCAACAAAAAUAAUUAUUCAAAUCGGACCAGUAGUUCCUGAGAUUAGCGCGUUCAAACAAACAAACUCUUCAGCUUUAUAAUAUUAGUAUAGACUAGCGACCCGCCCCAGCUUCGCAUGGGUGUCAUGGUGAUAUAUUAUGCAUGUAUUACACAUAUAAACCUUCCUCUUGAAUCACUCUAUCUAUUAAAAAUACCGCAUCAAAAUCCGUUGCGUAGUUUUAAAGAUCUAGACACACGGCAGUGUGUCCGCCAAGUUCGAGCAAAAAAACCGACACACCGGCCGUGGGUUAUAUUACACGAACCAUUUCGGGCCAAGUUUGACCCACCUAUAACUCAAAAUCUAUUUUAUCUACGCAUAUGAAAUUUCUAGUAUCUAUCGAGACCUACUUACUUAUCUAAAAUACAAAAUUUCAUUAAUGUACCUAUUGUAGGUCUUGAGAUAUUGACGUCAGAAAAUCGCUAUUUUUACUAUACACUCACUGACUGACUGACUCACUCACUCACUCACUCACUCAUCAAAAACCUAGACCACUUCCAAUGGUCGUAUUGACUUGAAAUUUGGCAUGGAGGUAGGUCUUUAGGUCAAGGUAAAGGAAAAAAUCUGAAAAUGGCCAAGUGUGAGUCGGUUUUAAAAAUAAUGAAGGUGUAAAUUCAUACCCCUAAGGAACUAAAACAAAAAAAAUAUCUAUAUCUUCCAAUGGUCGUACCGACCUAAAAUUUGUUACGAAGGUUUGUAUUUAGUCAAAGUAAAGUAAAAUAAGAAAAAAAGAAAAUAAACCGUACAAAAAUAAAUGAAAUCCCACCCAAAACAUAAAUGUGAAAGGCUGCCAAGUUCGAUAAUAUUGGAAUGCUUCGCCUAUAAAAGAAGUGAGAUCUAAAUAAGUACCAAGUUCCAUACACAGACCUCAUUUAAAAAUGAUAUAACUUGGCAAGUUUUAAUAGAAAAUUAUAUACUUGACUCAUUGCGUUUAGUAGGUUUAUAACAAAGUGUGUGAAAACUUGCCAACUUGUUAUAUCAUUUUUAACUGAGGUCUGUGUAUGGAACUUGGUACUUAUUUAGAUCUCACUUCUUUUAUAGGCGAAGCAUUCCAAUAUUAUCGAACUUGGCAGCCUUUCACAUUUAUGUUUUGGGUGGUUUAAGCAUACAAAGGGACAUAGGGACAGAGAAAGCGACUUUGUUUUAUACUAUGUAGUGAAGUAAUCGAAACGAGAGCGCGUUCGGCGCUCUGAUUGGCCGGCUCGAAUAAACCAACCAGUCAGAGUACCGAACGCGGUUUGUUUCGAUUACUUUAAACGUAAAGCAAACUCGUACUAAGGUUUUAGUUAUUAAUUUCGACCCAAAUAGAUAACUGAGAUUGACAGUUUUAACCUAACCUGUAAUGCAGCAUUUUCAUUAAUUCUUACGUAAUUAUUAAAUAAAAUACAUUUACCGCCAUACUCACAGUCAUUUAAUGGUUACUUAACCCAGUCCUUAGCAAUUGUUUUCCGAACAAAAUUAAAGUUACUAAGGAAUAGUUUAAGUAAUCAUUAAAUGUAUCUGAGAAUGGCAGUUAUAAACUUAAGUUUAAAAAAUAAAUUAGCCCUUAUUUGUUAUAGACUUUCCGUCCUAAUUUUAUAAUUAUUACUUAAUAUAAUUUUUAUUGUAAUAUUUACUAUAAUUUUAAUUACAGUUGACUCUCGAUAAUUUGAACCUAUCGGUAUUUCGAAGUUAUCACGAGGUCCCUAGAAAAUCUAAAUGCUCUGGUGUUGCGGGUGUCCACGGGCGGCGCUGAUCGCUUACCAUCAGGUGACGCGUCUGCUCGUUUGCCACCUAUUCAAUAAAAAAACCUCUUUGCAUGUAUUUCGAACUAAAUUAAUACAUUUUUAUACACUCGGUAAUUUGAACAAAAAAAGUCGUUGCUAAGUAACCGUUCGGUUCGGUUCCGGCUCGUUAAUUCCGAUUCAUCGGCGUCAAACUCUCGAUUAUUCGAAGUUGCAGAGAAGCCGGCAACGCACCUGUGACUCCUCUGGUGUUGCGGGUGUUCAUAGGCGGCGCUGAUCGCUUACCAUCAAGAGGGACGGAGCUAUGUAGGUUGUAUAGCUCCGUCCCACUUGCACUGCUCAAUGAUCGACCAUUCUGACACAAUUGUAAUAGCAGACUAAGGCCUCAGGUGACACGUCUGCUCGUUUGCCCCCAUUCCAUAAAAAGAGAGAAAAAGAUAAAAAAAAAACUCAGAGGUAAGCAUCUAAAUUCUGACGCAAGUUGAAAUUUCGGACCAUUCGAUAAUCUGAUAAUCUCUAACUUCUAUCUAUCUAUCUAUCCAUAUAUAAAAAUCUAUUACUGUUUGUCUGUCUCGCUAAAACUUAAGAACGGCUGGACCGAUUUAGCAAAUGUUGGUCAUGAAUUAUUUUUGGAAGUCCAGGGAAGGUUUAAAAGGUGACAAAAUUUUUGAGGCGGUAGGAAGUUUGCCAGGUCAAUAAGAAAUAUUAAAGAAUUCCUCAAAUUUCGAAUUAACGAGAGUCGACUUUAAUUAAAUAUUUAAAUAUAUUUCGUCCUGUUAUGAAUCUCAUAAUAUUUAUAAUUAUUAUAUUUCUUUUUAUAUUGACGUUAUUUUUAUAUUGAAAGAAAAUAAAAUGUUUAUAUGUAAUGUGUGUGAUAGACAGUUAAAAAAAUUCGACUGCCGACGUCACCAUAAUUGAGUUUGAAAUCCUCUUUUAUCUAUCAUCGAUUGGAUGGUUUUACAAUGAAUACGUAUUAUUAAUUUUCAUAAUUACUAUUGUGAGACAUACUAAAUUAACUGAAAAUCAUGGUUAAGGCAGUUGUUCCACCAACGGCGAGAAAACGACUAACUAUCGGCUAUUUUCUCGCUCAAGAAACGUACAAUAGAUAUACUUUCCGUGUGAACAAAAGAGAUGCAUAUACAAACAGUUGAUCGCUAACUGUUCACACUGCCGGCGAGCACUCGCUUCACUAGUUUGUCGCUGAGCGACAAGAGCUAUGAAAGAUAACACUCGCUCGGCGACACUCGCCAAGCGAUUAGAACUUACGCCAGAGAACAACCAGUGGUCAUUUUUCUACAGUGAGCGAGUAAUCGCCCGCCUCACUCGCACACUCGCUUAUAGCUGAGCUACACAAAUAUCGGAACUAUGCACUCGCGCCACGCGUCUCGCUAACUCGUUGCUAGUUCUAGCUCUACUCGUUACUCGUUAAUCGUUGCCGGUGGGACAACUGCCUUACUCACGUUCGUUCAUUAAUGGAGAAAAGCUCACAGAGGGACUCUUCAUCAUGGGCAGCACUGUGCGUCGCGCGAGAGUCCCUCUGUGACUCGAAACUAGUACAGCUUUUCUCCAUUAAUGUACGCGAGUAAACCGUGAUUUUAAUUUUUAGUUAAUUUAGUAUGUCUUAUUUAUAUAUAAAUACAUAAAAAUGUUUUUAUACUACUAACACAUAAGAAAUAUUGUAUACCUAUUUAAUAGUUAUCUCACAGUUUGUAAAGGAUUUUAAAUUCUACCUUUGUAAAGCAAAUUCACAUGGCCAAUUUAUUAAUGAGCGAGUGAGAUGGACGCACAUUUUUUUAUUGUUUUUAUUCCAUUUGCAUAUGCAAAAUGUCGAAGUGACUGGAGGUUUAAGACGCCCGCUUCUCAUGCAUGAGAGUGCGGGCUCGAAACCUACCAAUGGCAAGUACCAAUGUGACUUUUUCCGAGUUAUACGUACUUUUUAAGAGAUUUUAGGCCUCACUGGAAAGGAAAACAUCGUGGGGAAACCUGGGUUUAUAAUGGGUGUUGAUGUUUCCUAAAAGUAAGCGUCCACAUGGUCGCAUCGCACGCAUCGUACGCAUUCCGUAUGACGUCAACAGUACGCAUCGCAUGUAGGCAUUGCCUAUGGUGCGGUCCUUACGAUACGGAUCAGUGGACGCAGUUGUAUGAGUUUCUAUACAAGACAAACUAAAAUCCGUUGCGUACGAUGCGGGCCUGUGCACGCAUACCUUUAAAAUUUCUUAAAUUCUGUGCCCGUCAUACUCGCUCGUUAUAUAGCUCUUGUGCCUAAAAUUAAUUCACACUCUAUCAUAACUAAGAAUGCCAUAAACACUAAGUAUUAAUUCAAUGUAGUGCCUUCUUGUGCCUUAUAAUUACGAGCACAAAUCUAUAUAUUUUGUAUGAAACUCACCGUUUAUGUAAAAUAUCGUUUUUGACUAAGAGACUGGUAACUAUAGCGGCGUAUUUUUUAAUCCUAUGCCUGUUUUUGUGACUGAGGGGGGGAAUAAUUAAGUGAAUAAACAUCGCCUCGUUCUUACUCUUGCUUCGAGCCGGAGUUCUGAUAACCCAAAGUAUGUAAUCAUCCAUAUCGACACCCACAACAUCAAAGGAGUUACAAUAAUAUUGCAUUACUGAAUUUUGGGCAACGCCGGUGUACUAUGACUCCGUGGUAUCACUCUAAUCGAGCCGGCCUAUUCGUGACGAAGUAUGGCUCUCCCACGUGUUUUUUAUUUGACUAGCAUCUACCAGCGGCUUUGCACGCCCAAAUAGGUGUUCGCCCGUUCCUGUGGGAAAACCUCUUGUAUUGCGCCCGCGCCCCUACAAACUUUAUCUAAGAUUCGUCUCUUAGUCAAAUCGGUGUUUGAUAAUUAAAAUAAGCUUUAGUACUGACUAAUGUAGUUGAUAAUAUUGUAUAGUGUAAGUCUAAGUAUCCGUCCAGCGCGCAUUUUUUACUUUACUACGUAUUGUAUUCAUAAAGUGUGAAAUAAAUGUUUAUUACAAUUCA